UUUUCUGUUUAUUUUUUGGUUAAAAUUGGUCUUUUUUCUGUAUCCCCACCAGACAGAGGAAACCAGUACCAGCUUCCUCUCUGUGGUAAAGCCUUUCUGAGGACGUCCUCCCUCUCUCUCUCUCUGUCUUCCCUCCCUCUUCCUCCCUCUCUCUCUCUCUAUCGUGGUGUUUACAGCCCAGCAGAGCUGCAUAUCUGACAUUUCAUUCUCAAACUCCAGUCGGCCCUGUUCUCAUCUGAAAGACAAGACAAGACAAGACAAGGUUCUGGUAGUUCUUGUUGUCUCAUCAGGACUGACCUGAACCUCCAGACCUGGUCUCCUCUAGACUCCCUUCCUGACCUCUCUCCAGCUCUUCAUCCAGCCGGUCAAGAUCUAAUCCACCAGCCGCCUCCAUGGAGCGCGUCCAGCACAUGACCAAGUCGGCCAUCCGCCGGGCGUCUCAGAUCGAGGUCAACCCUCAGGCCAAGAGGAACCUGCAGGAGCUCUUCGUCAACUUCACCCUCAUCCUCAUCUGCCUGCUCCUCAUCUACAUCAUCGUCCUGCUGAGCAGCUGAGCGGCAGCAGAGCGACACGCAGAGAGUUUUUGGUGGGCCUGAGGGUUCUGCUGAUACAUGGAGGAAGCACUCCUAUCAUCUCCAUGUAUCAGAAGAACCAAAGAAAACAGCCAAACUCUCUGUCAGAGCUCCGGGGAGAUGUUGCUACCAGGCUGAUCGGGGAUCAGCUCCACAGGGAAUGAUCAGAAGUGACCCGACUGCACCAGUUUAAACCCUGCAUGUACAUCUGCUGCUCGUUCAGAUCACCACCAGCAAAGCGCUCCGUUAGGCUGAUUUACAGAACUUACACAUUAAUACAUUACUGCUGUUUGACUUCCAUUUCCCAUGAGCCCUGCCGCUUCCUGCUGAAACAUAAACACGCUGAAAAUGAUUUUUUUCCACGAGUAUUUUUACUCCUUUCUUGGUGCGCCGCUGCCAGAAACCACAGACGAACCACAACGAAAGGUUUUGAACAUGGGCUUCCUUGUAAUGCUGCUACCUCGGUGGUUAACGGAGUCUGAAAAUGUAAAUUUAAGCAAAAAAGAAAGAAAAAAGCAGCAGAGUGAUAACACACGAGACCCCAAACGAACCAUCUCUGCCUUAAACUUCCUCUAAAGUAGAAUUUAGAGAACAUCAGCAUCAGUGGAUGAUCUCUGGAAACAGUUCAGUCUAAAGUUCUGCUACAUGUGUCUCUAAAACCAAGUGUCCGAUAACUUACACUGAUUAAAAAGACAGUUUUAAAUAGGAAAAAGCUGCAAAUCUAUUAAAAAAUAUAUAGGAUUCUGUCGCCUCCUAGUGGCUAAAUCACAAAAUACACCACAGCGGGUUAUUUAUACUGUGUAAAAUAUGACACAAACACUAUUAUUUGAUUUAGAAAUGUCUAAUUCGACUCGUCUGUUUGAAGUAAUUACUGCCAAAUAAGUCGACUGCAGCAUUUCAUGAGCGCUCUUCUUGGAUUUAUUCUCGUUUUAACAUGGUACUAUUAGUACUGUAGACCUCUGUAAUGGAUGUGAAGUCUAGACUGAAGGUGUUUCGGUUCAGCCUUAGAAUGAAAUAUAGAAGAUUUGCUUCAUUUUGUCCUUCAGUGUUUGAGAGUGUUGAAACUGCAUGGUGUGAUUUAUGUACCAGACGUGUAAGUUUAGUUAUUAUAAAGCCAGGCUCACAUUUUUUUUGUCUUUUUCUCUGUUCUCACUGACAUACUGAACAUGAAUCGUAGCAACUGUGUAACCAGAAAAGGACAUUUUUUACAUCUUGCCAGCCACAUUUUACUGCACUGCCCUGUAUUUACUAUGAGUUAAAAUGUGAAAAUACAAACGACACGUGAUGAAGAAAUGUUUGAAAAGCUGUACCACCUGAUGUUUAAGCUGUGGAACACCAAAUAAACUGCAUGUCCAUACCUUUAAAAAU